AUGAGUGGAUCGCUAUCCGCGCCGGUGCUCGUGCUCGCGCUAAUCGGCGCGCUCGCCGUGUUCACCGAGGUCGUAUCGCUCGUGCGCGUCGGCGUCUCGCCGUCCUACGUGUCGUUCUCGUCCGCCGUCGCCGCCGUUCACGACCGCGAUGCCUCGUGGACGGAGCGCGGUACGGCGCCGGGAAAUGCGGAGAACUACCUAGAAGGAGCGGCGUGGCCUGCGGGCAUGGGCAGCGGAAGCAGCAGCAGCGAGAGAAGGGAGCAAAGGAUUGGAUCCUUUGAAACGAGUGUUCCUGCGGCUGCUGGCACUCACAGCGGAGUGGCAGGUGCGGGCCAACCAGAGGAGCUCAUAUCCCUUACUCUUCCCUUGCCUUGCUCCCCUCCAGAUGCAGCUGCGGCAGCAGCAGCAGCAGCGGCGAGAGAGGGGAGCAGGGGAUUGGAUCCAUUGAAACGAGUGUUCCUGCGGCUGCUGGCACUCACAGCGGAGUGGCAGGUGCGGGCCAACCAGGGACAUGCGGAGACGGGGAAGCACGCCCCGUUUGGCCUCCAUAUAGUCACGCUGGGGGGGUCCAUAACGAGAGGAUUCAGCAGCAGAAGCACCCAGUGA